AUGGUUGAGAAUACAUACGGGCGCAUGGCGAGAGACCUGACGCGCGCUGGUAUCAAUAUGAAGAAGUGGGACAAGCCGUUAAAUGAUAAAGACUCGCAGAUCGCCGCCGAAUGGUAUGGGCAUUACAGCACGCUAGCCCAGUGGCCAAAGAAGAGACAAGAGCUUGAAGAAGUGCAAAGUCUGGCAGAAGACUGGCAGAGGGUAGAUCCGUUGAAACUCGAUUUCACGGUCAGCGUCGACAAUGAGGAGGACGGCUUUUGGCCACCCAUUUUCGCCAAUAUCCCAGUCUUUCAGAACACAAUCCCAGGGCUCAAGACGGAGUCCGCCUCGUGCAGAUUCAUUCGAGGCCUAGCCCCAUUUAUCGUGCUAUCCUCGCCUGAAAACAUGAGAACACCACCAGACUCGCAAACCGCCACACAGUUACCGGAAUAUCACCCCUACUUGGCGUUGCGGCUUCGAGGUGUUAUUCAUUCUAUCCCGGCGCAGCCGCGAUUGAACAGCAUUCCAGGUUGGAGACGCAUAAUCAUGGUGCUGUACAAGCCUACUUCUCGUCACCUAAUCCAAGUCCUCGAGCAUGCGGAGCAAGAAUAUGGCGAUAGCUUCACAACGACGAUUACAACGCAGGUGACUCAGAACGGUACGAACCACCCUCAACUCGCUCACGUCCUCAAUGGCGUGGGUGCAGCAGGGCAACAACCUGACCCUGCCGAGAUCGACGCACACCUCGCCACUCAUCUGCGCAAUAAACUUCUCAACAACCACCUCUGGCGCGACGGCUCAAGAUUUGACAAGGAUACAGUCGAGGAAAUGGAAGAGAAGUACCGACUGAGCGAGUACCUCGACUGGAACGACAUCGACUACGCCUACGCUUACGAGGGCUCGAUUCUCCCAGGCGGGAAAAUCAUGGUGGGACGUUGGUGGCGGCUUGCUAUGAAUGGAGAGGGACAUGGGUUGGAGUGGAGUGAUGCGCUUGGUGAAGUAGAGGAUGGUGAUGCUAUGGACCUGGAUGAGGAAGUGGGUACGGCUGAUGGAGUGCAGAACGGCAGUGGAGCCACGCAUGGGCACGGUAGUGGCAUCGGCCCCGGGAGAAGUCGAUGCAAGAAGUUGGAGAGAGGGCCUUUCAUCUUCUGGUGCUGA